GGGGAUUGUGUUAAUGGACGUGCAACGAAAAAUAAAAACGUGUAAAAAUAUCAAAAUAAAUCAACUUGAUACCCUGUCGAGCAGUGCAAACGAUUUGGACUUCAGAAACUGUACAUUAAUCUUAAAAAUAGGUACACUGGAACAGUGUGCGCAAGUGUCCUGUGCGUGAAUUAAAGUGAUACGGUGCAAAAUGGUCAAUUAAUUUAAUAAUAGAUUCCUAUUUAAAGCAUCGUUCCCAAGAUCGUUCCACUUUUUAUCCACACCUGCUAUAUCCUUGAUAUUUUUAAUGUCACAUGAACGAGUGCCAGUCACAAAAUCAUGUAGAUUCUACGUACGUCUUUACUUUCUGAUUUUCAUCAAGAAAAAACUCAUAAUGGAAGUUGUUAACGUAUUAGACAGAGAAAGUGUUUCAGUUCGUCAUUUGGCAAAGAGGUUUAAUAUUGGGAAAACGCAAGCAGCUGAAAUUGCCAAAAAUAAGGAAGAUAUCAGGAGUAAAUGGCAAUCAGGAACUAAUAUAAAUCAAAAGAAGAAUUUUUUAAAAAAGGAAGCCUGGCAAUAUUGUAUUUACCAAAUGUCAGUUGUCAGUCAACGUCAAGUGACGUGA